CAAAUAUAAACUAAACAAUUUUGUUUAUCAUUUGUAAAAUUCAAGUCAAAUAAGAAAAAAUUGGUUCAUUUAUCCGAACCUUCUUUUAUUUACUUCGCUAUCAUACAAAAUAUAAUCCAUAUAUUCUAAUGGAGAUGUGUGGCCUACAACUCAACAUACACCCAAUUCAAAUGAUUUCGCACUAAAAAAGAUUAAAGAAUUUCAGCAAAGAACUUUGGUAGACUUCGUUCAUCCCACCAUGUGCAUAAUUCGAUAGACUUCAACCAAACGAAGACUUCCAAAAGCGAAUCCAUUGAUUAAUUCAAAAGCUACGUUGCUUUUCGGAGACAAUUCGAAUCCUCAAUUGUUGCUUUCAGGAAAGUAAUUGUGAACCGCAAAUGAUCCUGUUUCGCUUAAUUUAAUCCAGGUUUGUUUAUCUGAAUCAUUCAUCUAGAUUCAUCAGUUCAUCUCGUAGUUCCCUGUAAAAUUGCGGAUUAGAUCAAUUUCAGUCCAGUGCAGUCGAGUAUCAGUGCCUGACGCUUAAUUCAAUCUUCAUCGGUGGUUGUCGUUCGAUUGACUUUCGCAGAUCUAGGUUGAUCACUGUUCGUAAACCCAAACUUGCUUUGCUUAACAACUUAGUUGUUAGAGAUAAAUCGUUAGAUAUUCCGGUGUCGUAAGCCGUGGGUUGACGUACAUCUGUCGAAAACAAAUUUUGCCAUAGAAAGAUAACUUGAUUUGAUUCCGUUCGUAUUGGAUGGGGGGCAGAAGUUCAAGAGAGGAGCGUCCGACUGACAGACAGUCACCAUCGUUCCAGUCAACAUCAUCUUUUACUGGAAGUCAAUACGGAAACUAUCCUCAACAAUCUUAUUCAAAUCCGCCACAAGACGUUCAUAAUUAUCCUGUUCAUGAGGCUUAUCCUGCUUAUUCACAACCUUAUCAUGCACCCGCACCUGCACCAUCACCAUCACCAUCUGGUCAACCCCAUAGACCACAGAGGAGGCUUGACCGGAGGUAUUCAAGGAUUGCAGAUAAUUACACUUCAUUGGAACAGGUUACCGAAGCUCUUGCUCGUGCAGGGCUCGAAUCUUCUAACCUAAUUGUUGGUAUUGACUUCACUAAGAGCAAUGAAUGGACAGGUUCAAGGUCUUUCAAUAGAAAAAGUCUACAUCAUAUUGGAGAUGGUUUAAAUCCGUAUGAACAAGCAAUAACCAUUAUCGGGAAAACAUUAGCUGCCUUUGAUGAAGACAACUUGAUUCCCUGUUAUGGUUUUGGAGAUGCAUCAACACACGAUCAAGAUGUUUUCAGUUUUUAUCCGGAAGAAAGGUUUUGUAAUGGAUUUGAGGAAGUGUUGAGUAGAUACAGGGAAAUUGUCCCUCAUUUAAAGCUUGCAGGACCAACAUCAUUUGCCCCUGUCAUUGAACAGGCUAUGACUAUUGUUGAACAUACCGGGGGCCAGUAUCACGUGCUGUUAAUUAUUGCAGAUGGGCAGGUGACAAGAAGUGUUGAUACUGAGCCUGGUAAUUUGAGUCCACAAGAACAGAGAACUGUGGACGCCAUAGUUGAAGCAAGUAAGGUUCCACUAUCUAUCGUAUUGGUUGGAGUUGGAGAUGGGCCGUGGGAUAUGAUGAAAGAAUUUGACGACAAUAUCCCCUCACGCGAAUUUGAUAAUUUCCAGUUUGUGAAUUUCACAGAAAUCAUGUCCAAGAAUGUGGCUCCAAUCCGUAAAGAGACAGAAUUUGCUCUUGCAGCUUUGAUGGAAAUUCCUGCUCAAUAUAAAGCAACACUCGAACUGAAUAUAUUAGGGAGCCGCAAAGGAGUUUCGCCACAUAGGAUUGCCCUUCCUCCUCCAUCAUCUUUUAGCCGCCACUCAAAACCAUCACACUCAAGUAGCUUUCAAAAGGGGUCACAAUCUUAUUAUGACCAAACUACCCCUGCCCCUUCCCCUUCCCCUUCCCCUUCCCCUUAUUAUCAUCAAACUAGUCUUCCAAACAGGGCUCCACCUGCUCCUGCUCCUGCUCCUACUCCUAGUUCUACUUAUGACAAUCAGGUAUGCCCCAUUUGCCUUACUAACCCCAAGGAUAUGGCAUUUGGCUGUGGUCAUCAGACAUGUUGUGAGUGUGGAGAAACUCUACAGCAGUGCCCAAUUUGCCGAAGCUCAAUUGAAACAAGGAUAAAAUUAUACUAA